AGCGCCGAUAACCUAACCCUCGCCGGAAAUUCUGUUCCUCUCUUCUAUACUCCCCGCCGGUACCAUCGGCAUAUUCCACUCAGCGUAUCUCAACGGCUGUAUUUUUUUGUUUUUCCGGCGGAUGCUGAACUCCGGCGAGCUCACCGCAAGGUUUUCUCUCUAGAUCUAACCGGUAGUUAUCGUGUUAUUUGUGAAGGAGGUGUGAGGACGUCUUUCUUGUAGCUUUAUGAAGACGAAGAUGGAGGUUUUUGAAGCGUUACCGACUUUAGGGGAGUCGAAAGUUGAGUAUGGUGCUGAUCAUGGAGGGAUGCUUCAAAUUCUAGCAUUUUGAGCCCUUGAUAUUAUCCUCCCAGUCUGCAGAUUUAUGGCAACUGAAAUGCAGAGAUUUGGGACAAGUGAAGAAGAGGAUGAAGAAAUGGGUUUGGAUGUUAAAGAAGAAGGUGAGAAUGAUGAAGAUGAUGACGAUAAGAACUCGACACCUCCAACAAUGGUGGGUGUUGAUGGAGGACUUCUUACAUCAAGCAGAAGCAAUAAUAGGUUUCAGCAUCAGCAGCAGUUUCAAGACCAGAUGACUCCACAAGGAGGUGGUCGAAGGUGUAGACCGAUAGAAGAAAAAGAGAGAACAAAGCUUCGUGAACGACAACGGAGGGCAAUUACGGCAAAGAUUUUGGCAGGCCUUAGAAGACAUGGGAACUACAAUCUUAGGGUUAGAGCUGAUAUUAACGACGUGAUUGCAGCCCUAGCGAGAGAAGCUGGUUGGGUUGUUCUUCCUGAUGGAACCACUUUUCCAUCAAGAUCACAGGGUGUGAGACCACCUGCUGGUGCAUCAAGUACACUGGCAACUUCAUCCACCUCACUGCCAUUGCAGCAGAGCCAAGCUGCUUCUUUAAGAGGCAUUUCUUCCGCCUGCCCAAUUAGGAUGGAUGAUGAGGCAUGCCAAAUGAAAGGUCUCUUUGUUCCUUCUUCUUCUGCUUAUGAUGUUUCAUCAAGCUCUCGGUCUCAGUCUUCUCAUAUGCUUGGAGUUGAAGUUGAUGGUCAGGAUGACCCUCUUAUAGGAGUUUCUGUAGAUACCGUUGGCGGCAGGCAGGUUGUUGACAUGCCUUCGAAGUUACAGGAACGCGAUUUUGCUGGUACUCCUUAUGUUCCUGUUUAUGUAUUGCUUCCUUUGGGAGCAAUUAAUUUGAAGUGUGAACUUGUUGAUCCUGACGGUCUUCUAAAGCAACUAAGGAUUUUGAAAUCAAUCAAUGUCGAUGGCAUAAUGGUUGAUUGUUGGUGGGGUAUAGUUGAAGCACAUGUGCCACAGGAGUAUAACUGGAAGGGAUAUAAAAGACUAUUUCAGAUGGUGCGCGAACUUAAACUUAAGUUACAGGUAGUAAUGUCUUUCCAUGAAUGUGGAGGAAAUGUCGGUGAUGAUGUUUGUAUACCUCUACCACAUUGGGUGGCUGAAAUUGGUCGGAGCAAUCCAGACAUAUUUUUCACAGAUAAAUCAGGAAGACGCAACCCAGAAUGUCUCUCAUGGGGGAUUGACAAGGAACGUGUUCUAAGAGGUCGAACUGCUUCAGAGGUUUACUUUGACUACAUGAGAAGCUUUCGGGUUGAAUUUGACGAGUUCUUUGUAGAUGGAGUCAUCUCGAUGAUUGAAAUUGGAUUGGGUCCAUGUGGGGAACUACGAUAUCCAUCUAAUCCUGUAAAGCAUGGUUGGAGAUAUCCAGGUGUUGGUGAAUUUCAGUGUUAUGAUCGAUAUAUGUUGAAGAGCCUGACCAAGGCAGCUGAAACAAGGGGACACUCAUUCUGGGCGAGAGGACCAGAAAAUGCAGGUUCCUACAAUUCUCGGCCGCAUGAAACCGGAUUCUUUUGUAAUGGAGGCGAUUAUGAUAGCUAUUAUGGCAGGUUCUUUCUCAAUUGGUAUUCUCAACUAUUGAUCAACCAUGGUGAUCGGGUGCUUUCUCUGGCCAAAUUUGCUUUUGAAGGAACUUUCAUUACCACAAAGGAGAGGCGGUUCUUGAAAUCCAUGCAUAGGCGAAGGCGGGAUCGUGUGAUGUGCAUUAUCAUUCAUACUAACCAAAUCCCAGUGGGAAAAACUCAGGUCAUAUAUUUAGUAUUUUUACUGUAAAUGUGAAUACAAAUGUAGAAAUCCAAGGCCAGAUGCAGAAAACAAAAAGGUCUCAUUUAAGGGUGCGUUUGAUACGUUGACGGGUCUGGACUAGACAAGACAAAAACGGGUGGGAAAAAGUGUGGUAUGCGUGAAAGAAUUGUGCGAAGUUCUAGGGUUUUAAUUUGAUAUGGGUUCUUCAGUAAUUUACCAAUUUUGUCAUGUUAUCCUGAAAAAAAAUGCUUUUUUGUCCCACUUGGUCGUGCCAGUCUAAGUUGCGCUAAACGUGGGAUAAUAAGUUUUUGUUUUGUUGUUUUACAUACCAAGCACACUACGUAGACGGGACAAGACUAGAGAUGAUGGGAUUGGUUAAGCAAGAGCUGACUGUGGUAGGCGGGUGAAAGAAUUGUUGAAGGUUUUAGGAUUUUGAUGCGACUUGAGUAGUUAAGUAGUUUACCAUCUUCCGGAUUUUUGGUCCACGUGUUUUAGUGGCUCAUGAAA